UCUUCUUCUUCUUCUUCCUCGAUUGCUUUAUUUUCAGAGUGAUCGUAAAACCCUAGAACGAGACAAUCUCACGCCCAGCCGAUUCCGUUCACGAUUUCAUUCAAUUAACAGCUCCAAUUGAUUAGCGUGAAUUGCGUAAUUGUAUGGCGAAUUUUGAGGGGAGGUUUUCGUAUUCGUCCUAUCCUAAGGUUGAGAAAAGCAAUACGCAGUAUGCUGAUGAUGACUUCAUCGACGCCGAUUGGCCUGUGCACGAAGGCGGAGGCGGUACGGCUUACCCGUCGGCUUCGAAAGCCGAGAAGCAGGAUUUUUCGUAUCCAUUUCCCCCCGAAUUCGACAGCUUUGGUGAUGGAUAUGACUCCGGCCAGGAGCAAUGUGACUCCGUUGAGAAUGGUGGGCCGCCGGAGGUGAACUUGAAGAAUGUGUUGACCGGGAUGAUUGCCAUUGUGACUGGCCGGAACAAAGCUGCUCCUGCUGCCGGUGGAGCGCCGGAGCAGCAGCAGGAGCGGCCGACUUCGAAUGUUUCAUUUCUUGGUGCGAAGAAGAAUGGUGAUACAUACUUGCAUUCCUCAGUCUACACGCCCAGUGCGCCGCCGCUUUUUGAGCCGGCUGCGUUUAAUUACAGUGCCUACAAGGAGGUUUUGGAGGCUGAACCCCCUGAAUGGCUUCCUGAUAGUUCCAGUACUGUUUGCAUGCAGUGCACUUCUCCUUUCACUGCCUUAACUCGUGGGAGACAUCAUUGCCGAUUCUGUGGCGGGAUUUUCUGCAGAGCAUGUAGUAAGGGGAGGUGCUUGUUGCCAGUCAAGUUUAGGGAGAGGAAUCCGCAGAGGGUCUGCGAUGCGUGCUAUGACAGGCUAGAUCCUUUACAGGGUAUUCUUAUUAACAGCAUUAGCAAUGCGGCACAAGCAGCAAGGCAUGAUGUCAUGGAUUGGACAUGUACAAGAGGAUGGUUAAAUCUUCCUGUUGGUUUCUCCAUGGAGCAAGAGAUAUACAAAGCAACCAACACAUUGAAAAGUUACUCCCAGGUUUCAAGGCUGAAUCCGGAGAGGUCCAUACCCUUGGCUGUUCUCAAAGGAGCCAAAGGCCUGGCAAUCCUAACCGUUGCUAAAGCUGGUGCACUACUUUCUUAUAAACUUGGUACUGGUUUGGUGGUUUCUCGAAGGUCAGAUGGAUCAUGGUCUGCUCCAUCAGCCAUAUGUUCUGUUGGCUUAGGAUGGGGUGCACAGAUUGGGGGCGAGCUCAUGGACUUCAUCAUUGUCCUUCCUGAUCUAAAAGCUGUGAAAACUUUUUCUAGUCGCAUGCAUUUUUCUCUUGGUGCCGGGUGUAGUGCUGCAGCAGGCCCUAUUGGUAGAGUGGUAGAAGCAGAUAUGCGUGCUGGAGACAGGGGUUCUGCAAUGUGCUAUACAUACAGUUGUAGCAAAGGUGCAUUUGUAGGAGUAUCAUUAGAGGGAAACAUUGUUGCCACAAGGAUGGAUACAAAUCUUCAAUUUUAUGGUGACCCUUACCUGACGACUAAUGAUAUACUCCUUGGGACAGUGGAAAGACCAAAGGCUGCGGAGCCCCUGUACGGGGCCCUGCAAUCCCUCUACUCAAGUCUACAGUCCUAGACAAUUCAGUUGCAUCUGAUCAACUACUUGGUCAAACUUUAUGUUUAAAACUGUAAAUUAGCUUCGUAAUUCUGAUCUUCAUUGUUGCUUUUGUUUGCAAUUGUAUAUAAGAAGUUUAUAGGUAUUGGUUUAUACGGUUGUUCCAUUAACGGUUUACAACACCCCCUCCCCCUUGUGAAUUCACUUGAAACUUUACUUGUAUAUAAGCUACAAAUUCAUAUUUACUUGGUCAGUUGGUCCUC